GAAGGCUGGUCGCUAAAGUUUCUUUAGUUGCCGAAAUUUCCUUCCCCUUGUGCAGUUGGGACGCUACGGACAAAACUAUUGGAGAGGUGUUCGGUGCCCCCAGUUCUGGCCAUGCAUAUGGCUGGUUACCGCUUACUAGCACUGGUACUAGCAGUUUUGGCAGUUUGUAUAGGAAACGUCGAUGGUCAGAAUGACCCAACGCUGAAGUAUUACGAAAAUGAAACAACUCUUUUCACCGUUAACAAGAGCCUCCUCGGGUCAUUCGCUGACCUCGGGGCCUUCCCUCACUGGUGUGCUGGCAACAUCAGUGUUUGCAACGAUGGCUUCACUCUGGCAGUCUGGGUUAAACCAUUCGCCGCAAAUGCAGAGGCCAAAAAAAUGGUCAUAAUAUCAAACGGCGGCAAUGCAGCAGACGGAGACGGAUAUUACGUCACACAGGUGUAUGGGAACCAAUACGAGGCUGGUUUCAAAUAUGGCGGCAAUGUGUGGAAGGUCAAGUUCAGUUUGACGUCCGAUGAGUGGGUCCAUCUUGCUUUGAGCUGGUCGUCUAGCCUUGGCUUCACGGUAUACGUGGACGGCUUGGUGGAGAAUACAGAGACAAGCAUUGACGUACGCGAUGUUGCAACGUCCGACUAUGUGGGAGAAUAUGGCAUUGUUGUGGGACUGGAUGAGUACGGACUUCCGUUGACGUCAGUGUCGAGGUUUCUCAUGUCAAGCGUCGACGUCUACAACAACAUCAACGUGGCAAGUAACCUCGUCAAGCUUGUGGGUGAAAACGAUUCCCUGUUCCUAGGUUGUAAUCAGUCACCAGACGUUCCACUGAAUCUGACCACGAAUGUGUCCACCCUUGACCACCCCAUCCACGAGUGUCGUCAGUACUGCAAGGACAACAACAUGUCCUAUGCUUUCCUCCUGGACAACGCGCAGUGCAAAUGCUUCAACGCUGAACCCCAGGUCACCACUCCCUCAGGGUGUGUUGCGGGGGACUGGAAGGUGUACGUGGUGUCCCACGUCAAGACCAAACACACAGACAUCGUCCUGACCCUGUCGAGCCAACAAAUCAGCCCCAGGGGCUACACCAAGCCAGGUGAAGAUGUCCUCAUCUCGGCGUCCAUUAACGUCAAUGUUGAAGUCAGUUUCAGCUUUAAUUUCAUGGAUGGGAGCAGUGUUUCUAGUGGGUCCCCGCCGGUUAGUCAUUCGUGGACGACUGAAGGCGAUUACAACGUGACUGUGUCGACAACGAUCGGGUUGAUCCACCUGACGAAGAAAAUCUUGAUCAAGAUAGAAGAUGUUGAUGAAGGCCAAAGUCCCCAUCUUGUUGAACUCUCUGGCAUCCACUCGAGGGAUACGUCUCAAAGAUCUGAGAUGCAGCUGACUGUGAACGAUCCUGCCAACACCAACUGUACUCUGACGUAUGGCGACGGUGCUUCUUCCUUCCUGAUGUAUACGGACUUUAUGUCAUCACAAGACAGCACUCAUGAUUACAGUGGUAUUGGUCAGUAUAAUACCACAGCCGUCUGUUCCAACCAAUAUGGGUCCACGGUUGACAAUUUCGAUUUUCUAUCCAAACAAUUUUAUGAAUAUUUUCAAUAUAUUCAAAUCGGUUUGACGGUAAGGUUUGAUGUUGUGGGUUCGGCAGCUUUUCUUGACGAUCUUGUAACGGAGGUUAACGGCACCGUGGUAACUCAUGUAAAGACGGCGGCUACAGAAGUACAGGUUCAAGGCAGCGCCUUUACGACGGGGUCGGACCAUAAAGUAGACCUCAAAUGGAACGAGCAGCUUUUACAGAGAAAGUAUAUCCGGGCUGAAAGGAGAACCCCGAAACCCAAAAUCGUUUCUAGUAAGCUGGCUGGACCAUGGAAUAUGACCGUGAACUUUACUAUAGAAAUCCCACCGGGAGACUUCCUAGCGGUGACCUUCAACUACGGCAACGGUCAACCGAGUGAAGUGUACUACGUCCACGAUGCCACAGAGACUCUGUUCAUUCCAGGAGAGGCGGAAUACACUAGCCUGGGUGGGUAUGGGCUCUUUGCGAGGGUUGCUAAUGACAUCACUUCUGAAAUGGUUGGGGAAGAAAUGUCUGUGGAAGUUCCCGUGUUCGACAUCAGUGUUGCGUCAGCCAAUGUGACGUCGUUGUCAACUCCCGUCGGACUUACAGUUGAUAUUAACAUGGGAAACAAGGGUCCCCCCAAAGUGGUCUUCACCAUUGACUACCGAGAUGGAACGGGGCCAAAGAUGCAUGAAUAUGACAACACCGACCCCGUCGGUUUUCUCCCCUUCAGCACCGACUACAUCUACAGCGACUGGGGCAUCUACCGAAUCAUGGUUACAGCUUCCAACAAUAUUAGCUCUAUGACUGAAGAGGUAUUGGUUCAGGUUGGACAGAACAUCACAACGAUUGACAUUGUGUCGAACAUUGAUAGAAUCCCCAUCAACGAUCAAGUCACCUUUACUGUCACAUGCCCCACCGGAUCUGACGUCACGUAUGACAUUGAUUUCGGUGAUGAAACCAACUUUUCUUUACCAGAGCUCAUUACAGGCGGAAUGAAGUCUGAUGCACAGACCAUCGGGACGGUUAUAUCUGAGAGUGUUGUCAACAUCACCCACACGUAUAUGGACACGGGCUACUUCAAUAUUAGUGUGUCAGCCACCAACGAUUUCAGUAAGGCAACGGCGCCUUUGUGUCCUACUGUUAUUGUAGAUGAGAUUACAACAACCGGACCUCCAAUCUGUUCUAUCCCAACUGUAUCCUUCAGGAACAUUGAUCCUACAAGCCAGACCAGUCCAGCCGAGCACAAACGGUCAGAGGAGAUGGUGGUUACAGUAGAUACUGACCUCAACUGCAGACAGAACUCAACGGCCAAUUUUUCCUGGAAGGCAAUGAAGGUCACCAUUGACCAGGGCACGCAGACAGAGACCCAAGUCCAUGAGAUUUGCAAGUUUCAGGAGACCAACAACACCCUGACUAUCCCCCCUCUAGGGCUCUCGUACGGGCUGUACAAAAUCACAGUAACUGUGGCUCCUGUUGGGCAUGAUCUGAUCAGUGCAUCACAUGAUCUGUACCUCCGUAUCAUCAUGUCUGAGCCAGUUGCAAAAAUCCUCGGCGGGGACGUCCAAACCUUCCUCAUCUACGCAAACGCCAUCUUGGACGUUUCGGCGUCUCGCGAUCCGGAUUUGACGAGUAACGUUAGAAAUGGUCUAAUCUACGACAUGUUCUUUCUCCCAAGUACUGACCUAGACGCUGCUAAAGUUUUGUCACUGGCGCAAUUGAAAUCUCAAUCAACCUUACGCCACACAGAUACUUUAUAUAAAGGACAAACCAAAAAUCCUUUAGGUAUAUACGAAAAAGGACGUGUUUUCAAUGACAGUGCGAGCCUCCCCGAUGCACUCACCAGAUACAACGCCAAAAUUUCCUUCCCUGCAAGUUACUUUGUCACGGACUAUUUCUCGUUCGGGAUCAUCUUAUACAUAACCCGAAGCAACUUGAUGUCAGUGACUUCUCAGAUCAUUGACAUCAGGAAGACCAACCAGAGUCUCGACGACCUCUCCUCCCUCCUCGACAUGGCUCGAAACGCCGACCCCGACACCGCCAUCAGACUCUGCGAUGGUGCAGCUGCAGCCAUUCUCAACCAAGAGGCAUCGUCAGUGGAAGAACAGGAGAAACUGGCAGAGUCAACAGAGGCGGUGGUGGAUACUCUGGGGUCAGUUGCCAAGAGAGUGGACAAUGCCAACCAGGCGUCCAAGUGCGCAGGCGCAAUAAAGGUCAUGACCAGUAACAAAGACAUCGUAUCAGAAGGGUCAAGGUCGUCCGCCGCUGACGCGUUCGUGAAUCUGGCAAAUGGUACCUCUAACAUGGAAGAUGCGACAGUAGAUGAUGCAGAGAACUUUGCUGGAGAGUGUCUAGGCGGGUUUGACAACAUAUUCCCUUCAAAUGAGGACGCCACCAAACCCAAAAGAGGCCGACGGAAGGACACGUCUGACGCCAACACCAACGACGUCUCAACCGUACUACCAUACACCGGCGAGAUGACGACCCCAAUGUCCACAGUGUCCUCAACGACGGAAGAGACAACGACGCUGCCACCAACAACGACAACGAUGGCUACAACAACAACCACCAUAGCCAGUACAACAUCUGCUAGCGGCCUCGUCAUCAACUACGUCGCGGAGGGAGACAGCAGCAUCGACGUCGCUGAGAACCUGCUCAACAAGCUCCCAGAGAAGCUGACGUAUGAUGAGUUAUUUUACUACAUCUUCGACGAUUGCUACCUGUUCAGGAAGGUGAUGAAGACAGCGAGGGUUCAGUACACCUGUCCUUGCGUCAGCCCCAAACACAUCGAUGAGAUGAUGUGCACCGGGACGUGGACAAAUCAAGAGAAGAUAUUCGCCACGAUGACGUACCUGGAACACCCUGGCGACAUCUACGACUACUACCUCAUCCCCCUCGACGACGCCAAGGCCAUACGCGACGAGAAGAAGAGACUUACGGACGCCGUGGUGGCCAAGUCCGGCUCCAACGCUCUAUCAACAGUGGCCGACACUGUGAACAACAAGGCUCCAGAGGACGACGACAAGGAGCGGACCUUCAACUCCAACAGACUCGGACUUAAGGUGCAGAAACUCAGCGUCAACAAGAACAACGGGACAAAGAACUCCACAGACUCCAAACCGAAGACCCAGACCAUGUCGAUGCCUGUGGGGUCGUUCAACAUGCCCCUGGACGCCCUGCCCAGCGCGUCCGACUGCCCCGGGGUCAACACUAUGUUCCUGGGAGACAAUGACAACCCGUUCAGUUUCUCCAAGGAGAAGUCCAGCGUGGGUAAGGGCGUGCUGAGCCUGGGCUACUCAUGUGGGGGUAGCAAGCUGGCGGUCAAGAACACUGCUGAGCCCAUCGAGAUGUGGAUGAGCCGUGACCCUAACGCCUAUUCCUCGAGUUUGUUCGUCUUGAUCACUAAAUGGAACAGCGACACUCCAUCAAUCAACUACCACCCCCUCAACCUCACCGACAAGAACAGUUCUAUCCAGGUUGUCCUACGUCCUGGAAACGCCAAUGAAGCUUACGACGUCUUUGUCAUGUACGACAGCCACCCCAACGAGACACACUACGACUUCAAAGACUAUGUUCCCAAGGACGACUUGUCAAAGUUCGAUAACGUCACAGAGAAAGAACUCGACGAGUUGAAGUACACCGUCACUGUGCCCACGACGUUGACGUCAAUGAACGGGUCUUACUGGAUCGGCGUUAAACUGAAACGUGGGACGGUGUCUAUCUCGGAGGACACCACCAAUAACACGUACAAGAUGAUGAACCUGGUGUCCGGGUGUCGCUUCUGGGACACUGAAGAAGAAGCAUGGUCUUCAGAAGGUUGCACGGUUGGCCCACUCACGACCAAGUACCGUACUCAAUGCCUCUGUACACAUUUGACGUCUUUCGGCUCCGACUUCGUUGUCGCCCCGAACACAAUCGACUUCACCAAUGUGUGGGCCAAGUUUGCCAACCUCAACGAGAACGCCGCCGUCUUCUCCACCGUCAUCUCCAUCCUUGGCAUUUACGUCAUCGGCCUCAUCUGGGCCCGGUACAUGGACAAGAAAGACAUCAUGAAGUGGGGGGCGACGCCAUUGGUUGACAACCUCCCAACCGACAACUAUCACUACCAAGUGUCGAUACAGACCGGCAUGAGGAAGAACGCCGGCACCGACUCCAAGAUCAGCAUCAUCCUCUCGGGCGACGACAGUGACACCGGCGUAAGACGACUGGACGACGGCAAGCGGAAGCACAUGGGCCGCGGAUCCAUCAUGAACUAUGUGAUGAGUGUGGAGAGCUCCCUGGGGUCCUUGGCCUUCAUGAGGAUCUGGCAUGACAACAGCGGGAAGGGCAAGCAGCAGAGCUGGUACCUGGACCAGGUGCAAAUCACGGACCUGCAGACUGGUGAAAAAUCGUUUUUCCUGUGUGAUCGAUGGCUGGCUGUGGAAGAAGACGACGGGAUGGUUGACAGAAUCCUUCCUGUGGCUGGACUCAACGAUCUGGUGGCCUUCAAGCACCUCUUCUCGUCAUCCGCUCGGAAGAAACUGACCAAUGAACACCUGUGGGUGUCGGUGUUCUCCCGCCCAACGAGAAGUAACUUUACCCGCGUCCAGAGAAUCUCGUGCUGCGUGUCACUGCUCUUCCUCACCAUGAUAUCAAACUGCAUGUUCUUCAAGACCGAAGGGAAGCAAGAAAACGUCACCGCUAUCCAGAUUGGACCCAUCUCAAUAACGUUACAAUCCAUUUUUGUCAGCAUCAUCAGCACCUUCAUCGUGUUCCCAGCCAGUUUCAUCAUGGUGACAUUCUUCAGAAGAUGCAGGCCCAAGAAGAACGCCAUCAUGCAGAAGAACCAACAAGAACCAAAACGAGGCCAGAAGUAUCGCUGGAAGAACAUUCACAAUUCAGCUGGAAUGUUUGGAUCCAAGACUCAGAAAACCAAGAUGCAGAAGUUCAAAGAAAGCAUGGCCGGCAUCCUGAGUUUCCAUCAAAAGAACAAGUAUGAUAUGGAUGAGGAUGGAGUUGGGCACGAAGAAAUCAGGUUGGAGAAGAAGACGAAGAGGAAGAAGAAGCCGUGGAGUCUCCCUCACUGGUGUACUUAUAUCGCAUGGGUUGUUUGUUUCCUGAGCGUCGUAGGGUCGGCAUUCUUCACCAUCUUGUACAGUAUGGAGUGGGGCAAGGAGAAAUCCAACGAGUGGCUCAUCGCCUUCGUCCUCUCCUUCUUCCAGUCAGUCAUUAUCGUGCAGCCAGUGAAGGUGCUGCUCAUCGUGGCCUUCAUCGCCUGUAUACUCAAGAAGCCGGAGCUAGACGAGGAGGACCUCAACGAGAACAUCGACAACGUGCUGGCCCCAGACGAGGAGCUCUUGUCCAAGAAGCAGGACCCUGCCACAGUGUCUGCCAUCCUCCUUCAACGGAAAAUGGCCAACAGCGAAUAUGCCCCACCCGACACCAAGGAUCUCGAUGAGGUCAGAGAUCUGAGACUGAAGGAGAUCAAGAUGGAAGCCGUCCUGAAGGAGAUCAUCAUCUACACCUUCUUCGUCCUCGUCAUCUUCUUCCUCUCCUACCAACAGAGGGACUCGGACAGCUUCGGCUUCGGUCAAAACGUCAAGAACAGAUUCGUCGGCAAGUUUGAAAAAAUCUCCACAAUACCCGACUACUGGAACUGGUUGAACCAAACCUUCAUCCCCGCGAUGUACGCCACCCACUACGCCAACGACUCUGAGAUCACCGACUGGCAGGACAGGGCGUGUAUAAAUGACCAUCAGACACGCAGAGUUGGCGUGGCCAGGCUCAGGCAGAUGAGGGUCAAGGAAGAUACUUGUACAGUGCAGCCCCGAAUGCAGACCAUCAUUGACCACUGUCGAGACGAAUAUGGCUGGACGGACGAUGACACCAAGCCCUAUCUUCCAGAAUGGGACAUUAUUCCGGAAGAGAACAAAACAGACAGCAAGAAGUGGAAGACGCCCUGGGUUUACCAGAGCUCUGUCAAACUUGCCAAUGCCCCUUACGUGGCCACGAUUGCCACGUACAAAGGAGGUGGUUAUGUGGCCCUGUUGGCGCGACAGGCCUGCAGGACGAAGCAGAUUGUUGCAAACCUGCAGGACAACGAUUGGCUGGAUCUGAGGACUCGUGCUGUGUUCAUGGAGUUCACCCUGUACAAUCCUAACGUGAACCUGUUCGCAUCCGCUGUCUUUGUGAUCGAGUAUAUGGCGACUGGUUCUGCCGUGGCGAGAGUUGAAGUGAAGAUAUUCCGCCUGUUGAGCUAUGUCGGUGGAUGGGGACUGGUGGUGCUCCUGUUUGAAAUAAUCUAUGGUUGCUUCACGUUGUUUUUCUUCAUCCGCUGUGUCAGUCAAGUAAAGAAGCAGAGACUCAAGUACUUCAAGAACUUCUGGAUGAUCCUUGAGUUCGUCCUGCUGUGCUUCGCCGUCGCUUGCAUCGUCAUGUAUGCCUUCAAGCACAUCCUCACAGAGAUCGCAAUGCACUCGCUACAUGACAGAGCGUCGGACGGCUUCGUGAACUUCCAGUCGGUGUCGUUGUACGAUGAGACGUACGGCUACGUCAUGGCCGUCGUUGUGUUCAUGGCCACCAUCCAGUUCAUGAAGCUGCUGCAGUUCAACCAGCGCAUGAGCAUGCUAGGGGACACAGUCAAACUGGCCACGAAAGACCUCAAGGUGUUCUCCGUCGCUUUCCUCCUGUACUUCUUCGCCUUCACGGCUACAGCCUACCUGCUGUUCGGCCAGGCAAUGGUGACCUACAACAGCAUCAUCGGGGCGGCGGAGUCUAUGUUCGCGUUCGCACUCGGCAGCUUUGACUUUGAUGCGAUGUCAGAUGCUCAGAAGUUCCUUGGGCCAAUCUUCUUCUUCAGCUUCAUCGGCGUCAUUUACAUCGGCCUCAUGAGCAUCUUCCUCACCAUCAUCGGCGACGCUUUUACUCAAGUCAAGGCGAACGUAGCCCUACAGUCCAACGAACACGAGAUCGUAGACUUCAUGUGGAAGAGACUCAAAGGCCUGCUUGGGUUUACUUAGUCCUCUUGCACCUAUCAAGGGGCUCAAUGCAAAACAUGAUCCAUAUUUUUUAUCAAAAGCAAUACCACUGAAUAUUUCAUAAACUUGGUAUCAUGAAAUUGUACAUUUAAACAAUAGAUGCGCUUGCACUUAAAGCCAUAUGAAAGUCUAAUCAGUUUGCAUUUUCUGGAAACAGUGAGUCCUGCAUCUUCCCCCGAGCCUCUUGUAAACAACUACGACCCAGGAGUUCGAAUCUGGUUGUAACACACCACGUAGUUGUGUGUCCUAGACUACAAGUCUUUCUAUGUGCGCGGUUAUUUGUAGAGAACAAUCAUAUAUCGCCGAAAUGGACAUUGUGAUCUGAUUACCAAUAGACUGACCCUUUAAAGUUGAAAGUCAUAUAAUUAUUAUUUAGGUUGAUACACUCUGUUGUUCCAAUUAUUUUUAACUGAUAUUACAAAUUUACUUUGAUAAUUCAAAAAAUGAGAUGUUAAUAUAUAUUUCAUGUACAGGAGCUUUUAAAGGCAGUUGAUAUAAACUUUAUUGAAAUAAUACACUUAAAAUGAGGUAUCUAAACUGACAGAGCAUUUUGUCUCAUGUAAAUUGUCUUUGGUAUUUUUUAUCUUCCAACGGCCAAUCGAAAAUUAUUUUGAAAUAGAUGUAUCAACUGUUAAAAUGUUUCUUUACAAAGUGUUUUUAUACAGAAAGUACGGUUUUCGUUAAAUGUGUUUUUAAUACUAAAACUUACGAUUUUGUUAGCAUCCCUGUGUUGUAAUGCACAUUCAUCGCUCUUUAGGACGACCUGUAUACCCUACGGGAAUUGUGAUAGCGUAUAGACUGUGAUAAAUGUAUGUGCUGUUAGUGUGGUUUGCUGUCCCGAAUCCAGAAAAUGCUUCAAGAAUCAAUCUGGCUUGUAAAAUGAACCAAUCUAGCCAGAUUAUCAGACAAGCCCAAUAUCAUGCGCUUUCCAUCAAACUGGAUUCGAUACAACGGUGCCCAAACGGUGUUUUACAUGAAAGCAUUACUCUGAAGUAUUGAUGUUAUAAUUGUGACAAAUAUUGUCUGUGAAAAAAACCAACACUUCUUAUCAUAUUCCGUCCAAGAUGUACAGCUACCUGACCAGGUAGUCUUUGAAAGAAUCUUUUGACAAACCAUUUGGAGUCAGAAAUGUGUUGAAAUGUAUAUAAAUCGUUUUCAUGUAAAAACAAAUACUCAACUAAUUUAUAUCUAUUAUAGAGAAUUGUUAUAUAAUAAAUGUGCUAUACCACGCUUUUCUUGUUUAUUCCAUUAAUAUAUUUUAUUCACUUGUUGAAAUAAAAAACUUAGA